AUGGAAAAUCCUAGUUUCCGGUUCACACCCUCACAGGAGUUGGUCCUCAAGUCCACACCGCAGGCAGUUAAAGUGGCCGCUGACGGCCCCCCUGCUUCUGGUGCCCAGGGCCCUCCUGUGAGGGCUAAGAAGUGGGAGGAAGUGGAAGCAGAGGCUCGAGCCCGUGUCGUCUCCGAGGGAGGUGACCCCGGUGCAGAGAUGGUCGUCCUGAGCCGGUGCACGGUUCAGUUCGGCAAGUACCGUGGUCAGACCUUCAAGUGGAUGAUGGAGAACGACGUGGGCUAUAUGGUGCACCUGGUAACGGUGCAUCAGAAGGAGAGGGAGCGAGAGCGCAGUGUUUCCCAGCAUCCCCUGAUGGCCAACAAGGACGCCUUGACUCGCUACUCGUGCGCCUAUCCGGCCUUCGCUGAGAUGGUCAGGUUCAACCGGGCACACGAGGAAGCUAAAGUCCUGUUCUCACAGCCAGGCCAGGAGGGCAAGGCCCUUGUCGGCAUUGGGAAGUACAAGUGGGACACGCUGCAGGACCUGUAUGAGGCUACGGGUGCAGACAGGAUAAAAUAUGUCAGGAGCAUGAGGACGCAGACACCCCGUUGUCCUGGGAGUGCGAUGGCCGCCUUGAUUGAUUACAUUCAGCGCAGAGACCGGGAGGGGGUAGCUGCUGUGGCCAGGCUUGCCGCAGCCAGCACCAUCCCCGCCAGUAACACCCGGCCCAACAGUGCGGCUACGUAA